CCCCAAGAGCCGGGCUUGCUGUCCAGCGGAUAUAUCUACGCCCUGCUGCCCCUGUCGCUGACGAUCCCCGGUCCCUCCGGUCUUUUCCACAGGCUCGAACCCGCUCACGCCAUACCUCCCCACAUCAUGAACCCGCCUCCAGCGCCAGCCUCCAACGAGUCUGCGGCCGUUGGCCCUGUCAUGGACCGGCUGCCCUCUCGUCCGCCUUCGUAUGUCAGCCGCAUCAGCUCGGCCGAUCUGCCUCGCCCAGACCCAGAGAGCCUCGCCUCGCCACCGGCCCGAAGCCGGUUCUGGAGCUCGUUGCCCAACCGGUUGCUCAAGCAACUACCUCGGUCGUGCAUAAACGAGCGCUUUGUUCCUUCGUCAAACUUGCGGUCGGGCCUAUAUGUCCUGACCUACCUCUACAUCGUCGUCAGCUUCCUGCAGCUCGACUCGAGCGUUCGAGACCCCCAGCAGCUUCUACAGAACAUCUACUCUCUGGUCGACUGCAGCAUGAUCUUGCUCAACUUCGUGGCCCUUGUCUCUGUGCUCGUUGGUCUCUCGGCACAACGAAAGUCCAUCAUGACCGUCGUGACCAUCUGGUCAUUCAUCUAUGAUGUCUAUGGUCUCAUAGCCUAUUCGUUGACAGCGGCUGGCCAGAUCCCCAGCACCGACAGCGCCUCAGCCACCCCCCUUAUCCUCCUCAUUCUGAUGUUUGCCAUCCAAGUUUGCAAGAUUUACUUCUCGCUCGUCAUCUAUUCGUACACAAUGUACCUGCACCUGAACCCCCAGAGCCUCGAAGACAUUGAUCUUGAACUGCACUCGCGCUCGCCGUGGGAUCCGCAGGAUGAUGAGGAUCUGCCUGUCUAUCAGCCUCGUCCGCCCGGCUACAGCGAGACCCCACACACCGCCGACUCCAUCGCACCAAGCCGCACCCUGCGGCGAGGAGCCCGGAGCACCGAGAGCAUGGCUCGCAGAAACCAGAGCACAGCGCAGAGCACGUCGACGACCCACGAAACCUCCGUUCCGCCGCCUCCGGCUGACAGCAUUCCGCCGGUACCCUCGACCUCACAAGCAGGGGCGCCUGCACCCGACACCAACACAGACGCUGCUGGCUCUGCGUCCCAGACAGACACACAGUCAGCGUCAGAACCGGCCCGGCCCGACUCACAGGAGCCGCCAGCCCGUUCAUAGCACUCCAAAAGCCCCCCCCCUCCAUCUUGCUGUUCAAGCUUGGGCUGCUCGAUUGCUGCUGAGCAAAUGACCAAGUUGACGGGGCGCACCCGAGUCUUUCAUUGUGUAUUUUUGGCCUCUUGCUAUCGAAUUAUUUGUGCCAGCGCGAAUACAAUCCAUCGAGCCUCUGUCGAGCGCACCUCUUGCAACCACAUGUUCAGUUGAAAUAGACACUGGCCUGCUUUUUUCCUGCAGAAAGCCAAAACAAGAGCCAGAGGCCAAGCACAAGCCACAGCAACAAACAUGA